AUGGAAGGCCGGGACUCCGGACUGCUGGGCUUGGAGCAAAUGCUAGCGCCUUUCGGGGGCCACCAGCAAGAGAGGACGGCUCGGCUGCUCCCGCGGGACCCCUGGCGAGGCAGCUCCUCAGAGCAAGAGGGGGCGGCGGCUGCGCUGCCUCUGCCGGAGCCCUGGGGCGAGCUGCAGCGGGCCGGAGCCUCUCCCCCUCUGGAUGAUGGGGAGCUGCUGCUGGGGCUGCGCCGCCGCGGCGGGCGGUCCCUGUCGCUGCCCGCUAGCCCGAGCCUGGCGGCCGCCGGGCUCUUCCCGCCGCCGGAGGAGGGCAGCGGGGGCUGCUGCACCAAGUGCAAGAAGCGGGUGCAGUUCGCGGACGCGUUGGGACUGAACCUGGCCAGCGUGAAGCACUUCAGCGCGGCGGAAGACCCGCAGGUGCCGCCCGCCGUGCUCUCCCGCCUGCGGCGCCUGCCCCGGGAGGAGUUCAGCGCCGCGCUCGGCCUGGGCUGCGGGGCUCGCCCGCCGCCUCCCCUGCAGCUAGUGCCCGACUUCCAGCCCGCCGGGGAGGUGGCAGCGGCCGAGCGGCUGCAGCGGGAGCGGGUGUGUCUGGAGCGCCUGGGCCGCCCCGCGGCGGCCCUGGACGUGCGGGGCACCGUGCGGGUACUGAGCUGCCCGGGCCCCAAGGAGGUGAUGGUGCGCUACACAUUCAACGAGUGGCGCUCCUUCCUGGACGCCGCGGCCCAGCCCCUGCCCGGCCCCGAGGGGCGCGACCCCUCUACCGAGCGCUUCCACUUCAGCCUGUGCACCCCGCCCGGCCUGCUGGAGGGCUCCGCCGUGCACUUCGCCGUCUGCUACCGCAGCCAGCAGGGCGAAUACUGGGACAACAACGGGGGCAGCAACUACACCCUGCGCUGCUGCCGCCCCGCCCCCUGGGGGCUCCCCGCAGCGCCCAGCACAGACACCGGCCAGGGCGACCCCACCGGGCCCCUCUACUGA